AUGUCAGCACCUGUCUAUGGUCUUCCCAAGUGCAGCUACAAGUCAACUGUAAAAGUCGCAACACUCGACACCACCGUGAUUCCAAGGCGUCCCUCCUACACUCCAAUCCAAUCACAACAAGUGAGAAAGAAAAUGAACGACAACCUGAAAGAAAACGCAUCGAACAGCAGCAAUAACAACAGAGUCGUUGAUGUUUUGAGAUUGAUGGAUAACAUGCAUUUCCCUAUACCGGCCGAUAUGUAUGCUUCCUUAUUGAAAGAAUGCACUGACAUCAAGGACAUAGUUGGUGGUGCUCAGGUGCAUGCUCACAUGAUGACCAACCAUCAUACAAAUAUUCAACAUUCAUUACCACCUCCGCCGCCGCGUCGACUAUUAUUAGCUAACCGUUUAUUACUCAUGUAUGCAUCCUGUGGUCAUUUGGAUUCUGCCCGUCAACUGUUUGAUAAAAUGACCAUCAAAGACUCCAUCUCAUGGUUGAUUAUGAUUGCGGCUCAUGUAGACCACUACUCUCCAGAAGAAGCACUCCAUCUCUUCAGCCGAAUGAUGACGCAACAACAACGGUGUCAGGAUUUAAAAUUAAGCAUUCCCUCAGUUCUGAGGGCGUGCAUCCACACUGAAGAUUUUGGGCUCGGGAAGCAAGUUCAUUGCUUGGUAUUUAAGUUGGGGCACACUGAGGAUUUUAUCACAUGUACUUCCUUUAUUGACCUUUAUGCGAAAUUCAGAUGCCUAAACGACUCACAACGCGUCUUUGAUCAAGUAUUACCUUGUCGUCGUGACACUGUGACAUGGACAUCCCUGAUGGUUGCAUACUGUAAAGCAGGAUAUUUUGAGGUGGUCAUUGAGCUGUUUAAAAAGAUGAGCAGAGCAGGUGUGAAGAAGAAUGGUUUUACAAUCUCAACUGUUCUACGUGCAUGUGGGAGGUUUAGUAGAGGAGCUGAUGACUACGAGAACGACAGGGGACUGUGCGGUAAGCAGGUGCACGCCGACGCCAUCAAACUUGGAGUGGUCGAAUCUCAUCUUUAUGUGCAGUGUAGUUUGGUAGCCAUGUAUGGAAAAUGUGGUCUGAUGAAAGAUUCACGGAUGGCGUUUGAUUGGAGAGAAUGUAGCAGUAAAAGAAACGAUGAUGUUUGUUGGAGCGCAAUGCUUAACACUUACAUGCAACAUGGGUCAUACAAAGAAGCCAUCAAGCUCCUGUAUUUGAUGAAAAACAUAGGCAUCGAGCCUCCGGAAUCGAUUCUCAAUUCACUUAGAAUAGCAUGUGCUGGGAGUUGA